UAGUUAGUCAAAGUUUAGUCUAAGUCGUCUAAUAGAUAUCUUCUAGAGUCUAGAAUAGUCUAGAUCUAGAGUCUAGCAUUAACUUAACUAUUAGAUCUAUAUGCAUAGCCAGAGAACCAGUUUGUCAAAAAGAGGCAGGCAACGUAACAUUAUGGAUCUAGAUCUAAGUGAUGGAAGUAGUGAUGGGGAUGAAGACCAAUUUUCACAAUUUAGAUUCACUAGUUUGGAGAACAUAUCAACGUCUGUAAAUAUUCUCAAGCCACAAAUUGAUAAAAUAUUUUCAGAAGUUCAGAAAAAUCUGCCAACUAUAGAUUUUUAUUCAUCUGAUGUGUCAUCUGAUAAUGAUGAGCCAAUCUUUUUCCACCAAAACCUGAAAGUCAGUGAGCUCAAUUCAUUAUUUGAUGAUGACAAAGAUCUGGACACAUCUCUAAGCCAGGGAGACAACCACCAAAGUUCACCAAGACAAGAGGAGAACCAAGGAACAUUGCUCAGUCAAGGGGACGGCCCUCAGAUAAGUCAAGUGCAAGUCAAACAUUCCUCCAGUGCAGAUAAAAACCACAAAGCUGAGGUCUCCACUUCUGUGGCCCUCAGCUCUGACCUUGCAGAGUAUGAUAAUGAUCUGGCUGCAUUGCUUAGCCAGUCAACAUAUCCUACCGAUGAAGAAAUUGAAAGCUGGCGCUCACUGGCCAAGAGUAUGGAAGAGAGUGAGCUGGAGCUGGAAAUGUGUGAGGAAAUUGAUUACCAAAGGUCCAGAACUCUUGGACACUUUUCGUUCCCUCCAAAGGCUUCAGUAUCUCUUAAUAGUGGGACUAAUCGAAACCAAGACAUAGACUAUAAAGCUGAAAGCAAAGUUCAUCCAUUUAACAUGGGCAUGGACCAUGAGGCUGAAAUAAGUUUUAUUUCAGAAGAUGAGAAGAAAUACAAGAGUGCACUGUCAAAGCAAGUGGUCAAACUCAAAGAGCAUCUUGAAAAGAAGCUGCAGCAUGCAGACGCUAGGAGGAGAAAGUUGAAAGAAGAAGUCAAAAAGAAAGACAAAGAGAUAGUAUCAAAGUUCACGCCACAGGAGCCCACAAUGUUGUCCAUGAGAAUGCUUGAGGAGCUGGACUUAGAUACCAUUCUAAAUGCUGCCAAUGAAGAGAAUAUUCCUGUCACAAGCUUACGUCUAGUUGGCACUCCUGCCCCAUCGCAGAUGCCCAAAGAUGUAAAUGAGGUUGAUAACGUUAAAAAGAGAACUAAUGAUCCAACAGAAGAACUUACAAUGAUACAAAAACUAGCACAGCUGUCCAUGCGCCAAAGUGGCUGUGAUUUGACUGCUGUGACAUCGAUUGAUCCACAUACAGGUGCAGCCAUCAACUCUGAUAAAGAAAGAUUAAUAGAUGCUUCAGAGGAAACUGCUUCUCAACCACCUGGGACUCAUAUGAGAAAAGAUACUGCUGCACUAAUACAUAUUUCUGACUCUAGUUCACAGACUUCUGAUAUAAAACUAGCCAGUUCAGGAACAAAUACAGCCACAAGAGUUGACAGAGCUAAAAUUUUAUAUGGUCGUCUGAAGAAUGAGAAAAGAGAUACAGAGCCGCCAACAAUCUUCAUAGACUUAAGAGGUUUUGAGAAACAUAAAGAAGAAGAGAAACAAGGGCUGAUGAAGGUGCAGAGAGUUCUUGGGUUGAGUCAAGAUACUCAGGAUACAGACAGUUCCAGUGAUGAGGAAAUGGUUGAGCGCUGCAAUUGGCGACAGACAAGGCAGAAACUUAAAGAAGACUUGUCCACCCAUGGAGCAGCUGCCACACUGACUAACACUGACAGAGAAAAGCAAAAGACAGGCGUAUUUCCAAAACUUGAAUAUAAAAAACCUCCUAGAGUCAUCAAUCUCCAGGAACACAAAGUCAGUAAAAAUUGGAAUCAAUCUAAGUCAUUACAGUCUGUACAAGAGAAGCAAGAGACAGAGAAGCAGGAAGAGGGAGAUAACAAGCUUAGAAUGGAGAAACUGGAAAUGGAGAAAGAGAAACAAAGACUGUUGGAAGAAGCAAGGAAGCUGAGAGAACAAAAACAAAAAGAGCAUGAGCGACGCAUGCGGAUGAGUCAGCACAUAUCUGCUGCAAGAUCUUUAGCCACAACACUGGGUCGACAGACAGCUGGGGAGAAUACUGCUGUACUCUUUGAUAUGGAAGUGUCCUAUGAGCCACCUCCUACUACUCUUCCCAGCAUUCUCUCUCCAGAACAGGAAACACUUUUGCUCACAGUUCAUUUGUCUAGUAAUGGGGAGAUAAUCCAGCAUAGAAACAGAUCUAAUCGUAGUGUAGAUACAGGCGAAGGGCUGUCGGCAACCUACACUGCUUUGCUCUCUUGGCUUUUGUCACUUGUCCCACAUGACUUCACCUUCCUAUCGCCUAGUUUGGCUGACAUUACCCCAAAAGAUGACGGCCAAAGCUUUUAUGUGAUCGGACUUCAGCAGAUGUGGUUUGAGGAGGAGCUGAAGCUGCAUGUGGUGGUCACGCCCUCCAAGAACUUUAACUCUGGACACAGGUUGACGAGAUCAAAGAAAGGAAAGGAUGAGAACAAAGGAUGUUCAAAAUUUUUCAAAUUUAUGAACAACCUGCUUCUGACCAACACUGUAGCCACAGUAUGUCCAUGGCUGGACAUGCUCAGCCCAGUGGCCGUACAAAGUGACCAGCCAGAGGAAGGGGAAGCCCCACCAUACACAUAUUCCCCACCACUUCCCAAAAUUUCUACCAAACCUUUGUCAACAUUUGUACAGAUUAACCCAGAUUCUCAAGCUGCCAAAAAGAUCUUUAACAUUCCAGUUGGGUUCUGCUGGCAGACAGUAGAUAAUGAUGAAACCUGGUGUGACAUGGAGUGCCAUGAUGACAGCAUCAAUUAUGAGACACAGAACACAAUGUCAUUGAUCUAUAAAAAAAUCUUUCAGGAUCCUCUUGCAAUGAUGUCUAUACUCAACAGAGCUUCCCAGGAAGGACUAGACCUGGCUGGACUUCGACUACUUUACCCUUCAGCUGAACAAAUGAAACUUCAAGGCUCUGAGUUGGCAUCUUCAGACUUGGAUAAUCUAAACCAAAUAGGCCCAGUGCUAGCCAUGGCUCUCAGAGGAACAUUUGCCAGGACCAUCUGGCUAGACUCUGUAGGUCCCUCUGACCCAGAGCUUGCUCGUCGCACGGAUCCCAAUUCUCUGUGUGCCCUGUACGGAGGGGACAGUAAAGAGAAAACCUUGCUGUUCUGCCCUAGAAAUCUAUCCAGAGUGCAGAGUGAACUCAGCCGAUGGUUCGGAGGUCACAUCUCAAAGGACACAGUGACCUUAGACGUUGGAAUUCCUUACUUGAAACGAGAGGAAAAUAAAGGAAAGAAAGGGCGAAAGCACAACUCAGUAGAGAAAAGUGUUGGGCCUAUGUCCACUCAGCGCCCUCCUGCUUCCUUGACUGCCACCUGCAAAGGGGACAUCAUUCUUAUCCUGUCACCCCUGGUACCCAUCAGCUACACAGGUGUGCUCAUGAGCACAGCGCAGCGGAGAGGUUUUCAGAUGCGAGGAGUGAAGCGGAUCUGUAUGUCUGUAAAGAUGGCUGGUAGCCUUGGGAUUGUGUCUGCCAGACAAUCUUACUUCUGUCCUGGUGCAUGCGAUGAUGACCUAAGUGACAAGAGACCACAGCGAGCCAUUGCACCUUGCACAGUUCUUAUACUGCGUAAGGAGAAUGCUUCUCACAAUGCUCCAAGUCUUAUAGAAGCUUUCAUGGUGCAGCUGACCUUGGCUGGUCUUUUAGGCUGUGUUCAGACGAGAGUUGAUGAACCUUUAACCUCUCAGCAUUUGUUUCAUACUAUCGCCUACAGUGAUACUUCACUGACCGUUCUGGGGGGAAAUUUUUCCAAAUGUCCAGAUUAUGAUCCAAAUUAUCAACUUCCUGGCUCAACCAUCAACCAAAAAGUUGACAAAGCCUUGGAGCAGACAGCAGUUGUUGUGUUGCUGGGUCAUGAUUUGUUGAAAAGAUCAGGCCUGGAAGUAGCCAAGUUCCUCAAUGUCCUGCCAUACACCAGGAGGACUCCAGUCCAGCCAGUUCUGUCAGACAGGACUGAGCUACUGGCCAUGAAGUGGAUGCCUGCACUCAGUACAUACCAAGCCAAAGAGCUGACUCCUUAUGAGGUUGGGGACAUCAGGUGGAGGCAGAGUUUGAACGUAUUGACAUCAGAGCCAGCAUUGAUUCUUGUUCUUAGGGGUGUCAGUAUCAUUCAGAACUUGAGAACCAUUCUUGAGCAGCAGGAGUCACAACAGAUCUCCAAGAAGGUUCAGAAAGAGAAAAAUUUACAUUGGCUCAUGUCCAACAACUCUUGUGAGUCUGAAGUUUUCACACGUCUUUUCUUUUACCAACAUGACCUAUAUCCAGAUCCACUUGCCAGGAGUCUGUUGCCUUAUCUGCCACAGUUUAAACUUUAUUUCAAUAUAACAGGGACUAAUGUGUCUAGUGAAAAGAGAGUUUUCUCCCUGAAGCCCCACCAGGAGCUGAACCUUGUGCAGGAAAACAUCCUGGAGGAUAUGACUUUAGGCCAGCAGCUAAUCACAACAGUCCUUCUCAUUAAACCAGGAGCUGUCCAGAAAUACAGUCACAGAAUCUUCAAAAAAGUGGUCCAGGAGAGGUUUGAAAUUAUAGGCUUCAGGCUUCUGGUGCUGAAUGAAAGCUUAGCUGAAAUUUUUGUGGCUAGAAUUUUUAGCAAGGACAAUACUGAAAAGUUAAAGUCUGUUGAGGCUCUGACAUGUGGUCCAUCUGCUGUUCUGGCUCUCAGGCAUCAAAAUGCAGUAAAGCGUCUUAUAGAUCUGGUUGGACCUGAGGAGCCCACCACUGCACGCUGCCAAAACCAGUUUUUGUGGAGGGGCGAAUUUGGCCGGGACAUACAUCACAAUGGGAUUUAUUGUUCUAAACUUUAUGUGGAUGCUGUCAGAGAUAUCAAACUUUUGUUCCCUGAUGGUCUGUGUUGUGAGGAUCACUUCCUGUUGGCCAGUGAAGGGAUCUCUGCACCAGCUCAGGAUAGUCUGAUAGAAGUUAGCAGCACACUGACUCGUGAAGUAGUCAUGACCCACAACAAGCCAUACGUGGAUGGACCACCAGGACAAGUCACAGUUGAAGAUGUGCACAGUUUGCUGAUGCAGACAAUUUGUCUUGUCUUUAACCCAUAUCUCAUGAAAAUGACCUCCAGGAGCAAAGAUGUCCUUGGCAUUGACCUCAUUUCUCACAUUAUGGCAAAUGGGUUUCAGAUGGUUGGUGCCAGACUUGUCUGGAUGACACAGAAACAGGCUGAAUGCUUUCUUGCCAUCAGAGGAUGUGGUCAGCUAGAACUGAUUGGUCACUUGUGCUCUGGACCUUGUCUGAUAGUUGCCAUGGAAAGGGACAAUGCUGUCCUGGCAUUUGACUCCAUUUUGACUCAAUCUAGUGAAGGCAUAAGGAUUAUGAAAGAAUAUGGACACCAUUUGAUCCGAGCCUCGAGCAUUAAACAGUCCAAUGACAUGCUAGCCUUCUUCUUUGAUCAACUGAUGCCAGGCAGCCACCUUAGCAUCCGAGAGAUCAAGCCUCAGACAGCGGAGAGCACAACAGCUUCUGAAAUGACACCAAAUCCCUAAUGAAGAAGGAGGAUGGUUGUCACUCUGACUGGUUGUCACACUUGAUGGUUCACAAUGAUGUUUAAAAAAAAAAAUUGGAGUAAAAAGACAUCGUAGCAGUAGUAAAAUGGCGGCUUGCCUAGUCACGUGAGGUAUCACUUGCUUGCGAUUGGUUGAAAUUUUCUGAUGAUGAAUAUCUAACAGCAAUACGAUUUAAGCAGACAUAUCAGCGUGGACUUUGUGACACAUAAACCAGAAAACAUGGUUACAAUACAAUGUUAAUGCUUGUAGCCUAUUAUUUUGUUAUUCCAAGGGUUCGCUCCAUAGUGUUUCGCCCUAUCAUUUACAUGCGCUGUCCACUUUGCUAUGAAUAUUGUAUUCCUAAUGUGUUAAUUUCAUUACUGCUUCUUUGUAUUGCCUGAUGUUUCUCUUUAUGAGCAGUAUUAUGUUCCCUCUAGAUUAUUACUCAUUUUUAUACGAAUUGUUCUUAUUUAUGGUGAAUAUAAUGACAAUAUGUGUAUCUGAUAAGUAGUAUGGAGCUUAUAUGUAUUCAGGGGCGUAGCUAGGAAUUUUCCAUCAUUUGGGGGCCCAGGGGGCUUAACCUCUUUGGGGGCCCCUGCAUUUUGCAUUAUCUUUAAUAUUAAAUGUAAAAAACACUAAUUUGGGGGCCCAACUCAUGUGGGGGCCCGGGGGGGAUCCUCCUCCCCCCACCCUAGCUACGCCACUGUAUGUAUUUCUCAAGGAUUUUGUUUUUUAAAGAAGUUUUCACACCGGUCUACAUAGCGUCCAUGUUACCUUAACAAUUGUUAGUUAUGUCCACGUUAACAUUACGUCUAUGUUUGCAUAAUGUCCAUGGUGGCAUUAUAUAUAUUCAUUUUUACAUCAGGUUCAUGUUUAAAUUGUGUUCACGCUUACAUUAUGUCCAUAUCUACGUCAUGUCCAUACUUACAGCACUGCUCGGCACGUCUCUAUUCACCGAUGCUCUUAGACAACUGCGGACACAUUGAUCUCCCCCCCCCCCUAUCCCAAACAGUGUAGCAACGGACACAGGUUCUGGGGCGGCCUAGACAUCACAUUGAUUGCAUACACCUCUCACGGGCGUCCUCCUUGGCGCACUUACAACAACCUUAGCGUCACCCGAGAUGGCAGUGCACACCACAUUUAUCAAACUGUUCAUGACAUUCGCGACAGAUUGAUACAAUUUUAUAUUUGUAUAUAUUCCUUGACUCUCAAGUCGCAUCUGACAUCGGCAUUCCUGACAGACUCACUUGUUUCACGACAUGCGUUACCAUGGCGACGUCCGCCAUACUGGUUUCUUUCGAUGACAUCAAACAUGCGCAGUAAUGUCGAUAUUUUUUUUUCAUUACGUCACGUGUCACUCUUUAGAUGGGUGAUGAAACUUUCAGUACUUUCUAGUCCUUUACCAGGAGAUUCAGGGAGUCUCAAAUAGUUUACUGUAUUGGGAUUUUAAAGAUUGGAAAGCCAUUGUGACAGUUCCUUUAAGGUUAAGUUUGGUUAGAGUCUAGACGAAUCAAGCCAAUAUCCUGUAUUGGAUCAAAUGGAAGGGGGUGCAUGAACCUAACGAUGUGUCUCACCCUAAAGUGUUUGUGUAAAGUCGGUCUACAUUUUUAUAACGUAUAACUUUGUCUACUGCAAGCAAAAAAAAAUAUGACAUUUAAUUCUUCAUAUCAAGGAACCUGGUCAUUUUGUAUUGAUUGAAACCUCUACCCACCGCCACCCCACCUAUCUCUCUACUUAUCAUUCGUUUUUGUUUUCUUCUGUUUCUUUUAGUCGACGCUUAGUUGGAUUCCAGUACAUUUAUCUCCCAACCAAUCAAAGGCCAGGUAGUAAAUGUUCAAUUUAUAUCCAAUCAAAUGCGUUCCUGGGGGGCACGGCACACAAAUUAUUUAUAGGUUAGCGUGGCUUCCGGUAAACCAGAUCAUGAGAUUAUUGACUUGUCUUCUUUUUUUUCCCAUCCACGGAUACAUCUUUGGACUAUUGCGGAAGUGUAAGGCUGAAGGGAGGGGUUAGUCAAUGGUGGAUGGUGACUCAAAUAACAACAUCUGUAAAUUUCAGAUGACACUCAAUGGCAUUCGAGUCCCUCUGUCAGGACGCAAAACAUUCAGCUUCGACUGAUACUGGAAACUUGAGAAUACAUAUUUUUUUAAUGUGAUGGGCAUGUGAAUGAGAAGACGGGGUUGGAGGGUUUCUGUAAAAAAAAAAGCCGUAAAUAUUCCGGAAUGACGCCAUCAAGUUAUGUGGUAAAAAAAACUGGGACCAAAAAAAAACGAUCUCCUGUCGCCAGUAAAAGUUUCUUGGCUGCGAAAUAUAAAGAACACAACGCCCCCACGUUCAACCAUUGUAAAAUGUAUUGAAUACUAGUUCUAACCAUUUUUUUUUAUCGAAAUGGGAAUUCGCCUGUAACUUCAGAUCUUUACACAUGGCAUAAAUCUCAAGCUUUUUGGUCUAUCCGAUGUACAGAAUAAACCAAGUGUUGAUAAGCUGGUUUUUUUUUAAAGUUAGAGGAUAAGUUGUUUUUUUGCACGUUUUAGCGCUGCUGAAUAAAAUUUUAAUUUUUUUUUCGUUCUAGCUUCUAUUUAGUUGGCAACAUUGAGGCUCAAUCUAGUGUCCUUGACAUUGUCUCCAUCCAUCCCAGUGGCGCUACAGCUACAUUCAGAUCUCUCCCGGGCCUGUCGUCUCCACGCCCUAACCCCAAGUUGUUGUAGAUCUCUUGACAUUGUUUACUUUUUAGUUUAAAAAAAAAAAUAACAACCUUCAAUCUGUAGCGAACUGAAUGGAAAAGUUAUAAUUUAUAAAUAUUUUUUUUCUUUGUCUAAAAGUAUGCGAGACUAUUAGGUGACAUUUGUAAUUAGCCACACUUGACCUAAAACGACUAAAAUUUAUGAUAAGUAUGCGACAAACAAGGGCACGAGUCGCCGUUGUAUCUCUGUAGUUCCUUGUCUUACAUGUGCUGUUGACGGACAUUGUAGCACCAAACUGCUGGUAGUGGACAACUAAACCGCUGCAGGCGUAUUAAAUCUUAACUUGAAAAACUUCAAAUAACUUAAAUAACUUCUUUGUAAACAAUAUUAUAUAUAACUUUUAUUGCAUAAUAGACUAGGAUCGACUUGAGAUGAAAUGUUUCUGGUAGACUUAAGUAAUAUUAUAAAAGGAUAAUUAAUUAAAAAUGUAACUCACUUAAAAAAAAAACACGUCCUUUCACUCUGGAAGUGUGGAGUAGUCUGCCCCUACCUAAUACCGCUGACGACAAUACCGCUUCUCUUGCAUCAUUCACACUGUCUCUUCCCACCGCCACCGUUGAAACACGCACACACACUGCAUAACACCAUACUUUCCAGCUGUUGGGUAUCUGUUGCUUGUUCAUGUCCUGGAUGACCCCUCAUUUUGUGAGCCGAUUUUUAGAGCUGUCCAUUAGGUGUCAUUAAGGACUGUUCUUAAAUCUGUUAGAACAUUAUGGGGCCUAACAUCUUUCGGACAGAUGCCACUGCAAAUAAUCGUCGAAUCUAAUAGAACCGUUGCUUUUGUGACUUUGUAAUGCGCUGUAGUCAUAGGUUUAGAUAGGCCGGAUCUUUCUAAUUUACGGGCCCGAUGUAGCUCGCGGUUCGUGGUUUAUGCAUCACUGAUGUAAAACUCUGCUUCCGAUGGAGGCUUUACUGUUUACGCCGACCCUAUUUUCUACCACCGCCAUUAGGACUUUUAUGUCGACCCUGUGACAGUUGAUCUCGUGCAGGCAGAUCUAGGUCGUUUAUGAAUUGAUGACAGAGCUCGUCUUAAAGGCUUGUAUAAGCCACUUGAACAAUUAAUAAUGCAUGAAUAUCGUGUCUACUUAGCUCAUCUUUCUGAUCACGUGUACGUGUCUUGACAACGCUUGCGCAGACCGCAUUCAGCGACACACAUUUGGUCACCUCAUUCAGCGACACACAUUUGGUCACCUCAUUCAGCGACACACAUUUGGUCACCUCAUUCAGCGACACACAUUUGGUCACCUCAUUCAGCGACACACAUUUGGUCACCUCAUUCAGCGACACACAUUUGGUCACCUCAUUCAGCGACACACAUUUGGUCACCUCAUUCAGCGACACACAUUUGGUCACCUCAUUCAGCGACACACAUUUGGCCACCUCAUUCAGCGACACACAUUUGGUCACCUCAUUCAGCGACACAUAUUUGGUCACCUCAUUCAGCGACACACAUUUGGCCACCUCAUUCAGCGACACACAUUUGGUCACCUCAUUCAGCGACACACAUUUGGCCACCUCAUUCAGCGACACACAUUUGGUCACCUCAUUCAGCGACACACAUUUGGUCACCUCAUUCAGCGACACACAUUCUUUUACCACAUUUAGUGACUAACGUUCGGUCACCACAAUCAGCGACACACAAUAUUUCGUCACGUUCCAUUCAGCCCACACAUUCUGUCGCAUAGCAAGACCUCCAUCCACUUGGGGCGGGGGGGGGGGGGGGGGAGGGGACAGAAAAAGAUCGUGAUGGCUUUAGAUUCUAAACGAAUCGAGACCUGGCCGUGUCGAUGGCGAAUCAUGGUUCGAGUCCUUGUCGGAACUGACCAGUUUCACCAUAUUUAUUUCCCCUUCCUCAUCCCAUUCCUUUGCACUUUAGUGCUGCUAUGCACAUCUAACACGUCAUGUUUAGUCAUUCAUUGUUACGGCUAGAGACCUUCUAACUCUAUGCUUCAUUACUUUAACUCUUUCUCUCCUAAUCAACGAUACCAUCGUUGAUUUUGACCUCAUUAAAUUAAAUUGAUGUUUAAUUUCUUUAAACUUGACUUUGAACUAUAUAAAAAGAGCAUUCAUUUCCUUUUAAUUCUAUACCAAAUACAACAUUUUCUGAUAACAAACAACAAAGUUAUUGAAGCCUAAUCAUAACAAGGCAGUGAAAUAGUAAUGAACAAAAUGAAGGAUUGCUUCCAAAACGUGGAAAAAUAAUUACGAAGAGAAAGAGUUAAGCUACGAUUAGCUGAAGUGCCUCUGAGGUUUGUUGAUUCCACACACACGGUUUAUGGAUAUUUAAGGCCGCCUCUGGCUUAUUCGACUAUUGCUAUACUCACUUUAUUUUACUAGAGAAAAGUGUAAAAGAAACAGACUCGAUGACAUUUUCUCGUUGCAGCUCUUUUUUUUUAGUUUAUUUUUCUUCAUUUCUCUCCCCUUUCUGCCCCCCGCCCCAUGGACUUUUGCGUGGGCUUUUAAUGCCGGUUAUCUAGUCCAGUGACGAUAGGUCCAGAGUGACCUGGGUUACUUCGACUUCUUGUCUGCUGCAGGGAACGUGUCAAACUGACCAGGGGUUCUCUUUGUUGUCCAGAUCGAAAAGAGAAACCACAAGACAGCGAGGAUGAGUUGCAGAGAAGAAAAUAUAACAAACGACUUCUGGGAUCAUUUUUUCUUUUUAAAAAGGCCCAUACUUUAUUUUUGCACAAGAGGGUGCUUUGGUCUGUGGGAUAUCGCCCUGACAUAAAUCUGUAACUUACUACGUUAAGUUUCAUAGGCUUGCCUCCACUCUGGUAGUCAGAAGCGUCACGUGGCUUUUCUAAUUAUAAAAAAACAAAAGGAGGGGGGAUAUUUGAAUGAACCAACAUGACAGUUUAAAAAAAUAAACCUAACGAACCUUCAAUUUACUGGCUAAUUUUUUUUAUUUAAUUCGGAUAAAUCAUUCAAAAGUAGCCGAAAUUUAGGAGCGUUUUAGAAAUUACUUCUCUAAUCAAUUAGUGAGAGAGGUGUCUAGGGAUGUAUUUAGGCUUGGGAGGGCCCUAAAGUUUUUGAAAUAUUUGUCCCUUGUGAGGCCCUUUAUAAGCCAAGAAUAUUCUAAGUGCUUUGGGGCCCUAACUAUAAUGUGUAUUGCCUAUAGGUAACUCCAGCCCUGGAGGGGUCUCAAUCAAAGACUAAGAGUGGAAUGGAAGUAAAUGUCUUGGAUACAUGGAAAGUGAAACAAAUGUCUGUGUUUUUAUCCACCUUUGUUUUAUUGUCUUCUCAGAUUCAUGUACAAGUUCUUAUUGGAAGUCGACAUUCAUGUUCACCGUUUGUUUUAAAGAGAUUUGCUCAAUUAUUUUUUUAAAUGGCCAACUACUUUUUUGGUUUUUCAAAAUACUUCUCCAAGUUUUUUUAAAUUUGUAGACACAAAACAUACUUCGUUCCUACUUUGGAACUACUUAAGGCUAGCAACUCAAAUCUCUUUAUACCCUCCGCUCCCUUUAUGAGCACAAGAGUUCUUAUACUGACAUACUAGUAUACUUACCGAAUGAGAAGUAACUCGCAUCAGUAUUUGCACGAUGAGUAGUAGAGUUGUUGUUCUUGUUUUUUUUUUUUUUUCCUUUUCAAUUCCGAACAUUUCUUUCUAACUCUGAGCCCAACAACAAAUCUUCCUGUUCUGUGGCGCUGGUUUAUUCUCUUAGGUGUAGGUCAGUGAGCUAGAAUGUGUAUGUGUGUCAGUCUCACUGCUUGUGCCUGUUGGUCAGUAACACAUUGAUGUGUGUGCGUCUGUGUGAUCGGCAAUAUAAACAGCUCCAAGUUUUAUAGAAGCCGCGAAUCAAUUAUUAAUAUUAUCAAUUACGAUUUUUUCUUCCUAUCCAAUAAUUUUCUUUUCUUUUCCUAGUUCUCUCGCUUCCCCUCCCCCCCCCCCCCCAACUAGUCCAUCGUCUUGCUCUCUGUCCGUUGUCUUGAAAUAAACAUAAACAAGUUAUUCAGCGGUCCGCUUCGAUACCCUCGACUACCCCCCACCCCCACGUCCUUUUACUUUCCCCACCAUUCUCCAUGCCACUAGGGAAUAUGGAAUUUAUGAGAUAUUUAAUCCAUAAUAUUUUGUUUUGUUUCGGAAUCUUAAUGCGUUUUGUGCUUCACCUCGUGGGAAAUAAAAGAGAGAUAACUCAAUUUAUUUUAAGGCUCUAUUUUUAGUAUUCAACAAAUGCUCGGAAUACAUUUGAUGAUCAUGGCCGGGCUAAUACACUUCACAGGUGCAACACUUUGUUUCGCUUAUGACAAGAAGAAUUUUUAGUUUCCAAAUCGAAUAUAUAAAAGAAUAAAUAGAUUACUUUCUCAAAAAAAAUAAAUCAUUAAUGGUAAUGUAAGACAAAGUUAGCGGUCGUGUUUAUUUGUUCAAAACAAAAAAUGAUGCCGGUACUGUAAGGGUAGGGUUGUCGUUCGUUUCUUUUGGAAGUAGAUAAUGAUUGUGCAGGGUUAUCGUUCGUGUUCAUUUGUUUCAAAAAUUUAUCAUGAUGACUCUGAAAGAUAUGGCAAAGUUUCCUGUACUAAUUUUGUCAAAGGACUAAUGACAAGAUGUAGUCAAAGAGACGAUAACUCACACAUUUUUAGUACUUGGUUGUUUUUUUAUUGGAAACUAGACCACUAUGGACGUGCGUUUUCAUUUAGUUGUAAGAUUGGAAACGUAACCACAAGUAUUCAGAGUCGGUUACAGCACGUAUCUUAUUGGGGCAUCGGAUUGCGAAGCCGUAGCAUCGAUGCAAUAAUAAUUUUUUACACGUAUACGUGAUGCUGUGGCAGAGGCGUCCCUGAGGUGGGGGGGGGCGAAAAUGAAGUCACCAGGUGACACCGACCCUAGUGACGCCUCUGCGCUUGAGAGAUCCGACCAUUUCCCGAAGAAGUGGUGGCUUAUGGUUUAGAAAUCGUAUUACUCAAGGUUAAUGUUCAACUGACUAUCUUUCUGUUUCUGGGUCUCAGUAUCCAACUUCCAGCCCAUUACCAACCCAACCUACUACAUAUGACAUUCAUAUCUACAGGACCAACCUGUCGGACCAACUGGACGUGACAGAUCUGAACUAAAUUACAAGAUAAUGUGUUACAUUAUGUCUUUAUCUGUUAUUUUUUACAUAUGCUCCAAAUAUCUUUAUCUGUUACUUCCUACAAAUGCUCCAAAUGCUAUGUGAUAAAUAUUUAUGCAAAUAUUGUUUUAACAUUGUAUUUGUUUUUUAUAUUCUAGACGUGUGGAAUUUUUUUUGUUUACUUCGCGUAAUGAUAAUUUAUUACCGUUACAUUUGUCGUUACAUUUGUCGUUACAUUUGUCGUGUGUUUUAGAAAGUAAAAUAAACUUGUAGUUGUAGAAUACCAUGAUUAAACAUUGUGUCUCUUGGCUCGUAACAUCAGGCAUAACACAUGUAUUGCUCUAUAUAUGAGCUAAUAUACUCUAUGCUUGUGUAUUGUUAUGAUUGUUAAAAUAAUGUUAUAAUAUGAUGUUUUGUUUUGCAUGGUACCAUCUUUCAGGUUGUGGAUAUUGAUUGCAUUCAUCUGUUUUCCUAAGUGUGGUUACUAUUCAAAACAUUAUUGUUCUUUUUUUCAAUCAGUUAAUAAAUAACCUGCCCAGAGUGCAGCCUGACAUUCGGUCUUACAUAGGUCUCACCGGCCACACGCGGGGGCACAAAACUCCAGUGCAAAGCCCUGGAUGACCAAAGUGGUCAUCAUCGAACCACGAUGGACGAACUAGAUAUUUCAUUCAAGCAAAUAAUGAUGUUGAAUCAUUUUUUCUUAGAAUUCUGUAGAAGAAUUAAACCUUUUUAAUAUUUAGCUCGUAGGCGCGAUGGCUGAGUUGUAAGGCGCUUGGCUUCCGAACCGAGGGGUUCCGGGUUCGAAUCCUGCUGAAGACUGUGAUUUUCAAUUUUGGGAUGUCUUCCACCAAGUACCUGACCAUAGUUGGGGAAAAGUAAAGGCGGUUGCUCGUUGUGCUGGUCACACGACACCCUCGUUAACCGUGUGCCUCAUAAAUCGCAAGGUCUGAAAGGGAAACUACUUAUUGUCUAGUUCAGUGCUGACCAACCUCUUUCAUCUUGGAAGCCAUAGUCAUUUCUGUGACGCUUUUUAUUGGCCGCAGUGAGUGCCAGUGAACCGUUUAUUCGAAUGGAACUGUCAGGUCUAAUGGAACCGUGCUUUAUUAUGUAAUGUUGGCAAACGUUUCAAGGAGCCAUAGACGGCACAUUGUCAAGGGACAAAUGUGGCCCGCCGGCCGUAGUCUGGGCAUCACCUGCGUGAUACGAAAUAUUUAUAUUCACUUUUUAUCAUGUUCAUUGUAUUUCUGUAUAUACAUGAGUUGUUUUUAUGAGAGUGAAUUUUAAAACAUUUGUUCCCCCUACUGAUUAUAUUAUGAUAUAUUAGAUUCCGUCCAUAACUUUUGUUCUUUUACCCACGUUGAUCAUUCCGUCCGGUCAGUCCAUUUCAUCGUUGUUGUUUUUUAAGACGUGGAUUACGUCAUGAAUGGUCUAACUAUUCAUCCAUCUCGCUCGUGCCUUUACUUGCUGGACAACAGAGUAUACAUUUGAAUUGACAGUUUUGUUUCGUCAAACUUUUAAAUUCAUGCUUUUACUUGUUUAGGCGGAAGUUUAAAAUAACUUCCGCUUUUGUCUCCACUGAGAUCGAUGUUUCUAACUUCCUGUGUGUUCGCGCUUAAAGUUCACAAGAGUAUUUAAGUUUGGAAAUAAAAUGACUUUUUUUAUUUU